ACUUAUCGUUUAUCAGUCAUUAUAUUAGUGUUAGUGAUAUCGAUUAUACUGUCAGUUUCAGAUUCGACAGGCGUCGCGUUUCCAAAACAAAACACAAAUUUCUCGUUCAGAAGUCCCGCAGAAAUUUCAGUCAAAAGAGCAGACGACGCUAAUUCAGAAAGAUAAGCAAACGCGCGGGGCCUUUUGCGAAUGAUUUCUACAGUGAUGAUUUCUUUGAGCUGUAAGUAUUUCACGAAAAGCAAACGCGCGGGGCCUUUUGCGAAUGAUUUCUACAGUGAUGAUUUCUUUGAGCUGCUCCACGAAAAUUUCCCCGCAUACUAGCUGGAACUUUCGGCGCAAGAGGAACGAAAUGGACGCGACGAAGGAAAGUGCGGGAUGUGUGGAUUAUCUUCAAAGUGUAACGAUUAUUGCAACAGAACCGCAGGAACUUGGAAGUAGCGGUUCCGAAAUAACUGGUAGAGACGGAAGUGGCGGAAGAUCCGACUCCAGUGGAGAUAACGGACGAAAUGUGUGCAACGACCGUGGCUCCCGAACCAUCCGCCCUGGAAGCUUCUGUAGUAGCCGAUGAGGACGACGACGAUGUUCGGAUUACGUCCGUGGAAACGAUUCCGAUUGCGUUCGAUCUGAGUGAAGAUAACAACGAUCCGUUCAUCAAGAUGGCCAACGAUUGGUACUGUUGUAAAGUGUGUUCCCGCCUCUACCAGGCGUUUCCCCAACUGGUGGAGCACCUUCGCGAUGUAAACCCGGACAAGGCGGAGAUAUUGCGCCAACGAUCGAAAGAGUCCUACUUCCGGGCCAAGGAAAGUUACCUGUGAUUGGCGUGG